GUACAGCCAGUCUCUUCCGCGGAGCACGUCCCCCGCAGCCCUAGCCUGCUGGGCUCUCCAGCUAGGGCUACGACCCCCCUGGCGCCCCCUACGCCCCCGAGGCCGGGUGCAGGAGUGUGGGCGCUGUCCGACUCCGGGGAGGGGCGGAAGGGAGCGCGGUCUCCGCCGCCGCCGCCGCCGCCUGCCUCCGCCUGCCGCUCGGGCCGCCCGCUCGCCCGCCGCUGGGUGCGCUGCACGCGGGGGGCAGCCGCGGUGCAGAGGUUCAUGCAGCGGCGGCGGCGGCGGCGGCUGCUGCUGCUGCCGCCGCGGAAACAGACAGACCGGGCGCUGCCGCCGCCACCCUCCCGCAGCUCCAUGCCGCCGCCACCGCCGCCUCCUCUCCGGCGAAGGGCGGGGGGCUCCGGCCCGGGGUGGGCAGCACUCCUCGUAGCGCCGCUCCCCUCCCUGCCCUCCGCCGGGGCGCGGGAGCCGGUGUGAGCGCCCGCCGCCUCCUAGGAGCGCACGCUCCGCGCGCCCUUGCUAGAGCGAGGAGGCGGGCGUGGGCGGGCGUCGGGGCAGCCGCGACCCAGCGCGCGGAAAGGGGAGGGGGCUUCCCCGGAGGAUGCCCCGCGGCGGCGGCUCCUCGCUCUUAGGCGCUAGCUGAGCUGGACCGGGAGCGUGCGGCGCGUCGCCAUGCCGGCGUGACGGGCGCCCGCGGCUGCCCGCGCCGGGCCCCCGCGCUGCCCCACGCCGCGCCGCGCCGGCGCCGGGCGGCAGGAUGGGCUGUAUCCAAAGCAUCACCUGCAAGGCGCGGAUCCGGCGCGAGAACAUCGUGGUAUACGAUGUGUGCGCCACCAUCGACCAGUGCCCCACGCGCAUCGAGGAGACCUCGCCCAUCGUCCUGCGCUACAAGACCCCUUACUUCAAAGCCUCGGCCCGCGUGGUCAUGCCCCCCAUCCCCCGCCACGAGACCUGGGUGGUGGGCUGGAUCCAGGCGUGCAACCAGAUGGAGUUCUUCAACACCUACAGCGACCUGGGCAUGUCGAGCUGGGAACUGCCUGACUUAAGGGAAGGGAGAGUGAAAGCCAUCAGUGACUCAGAUGGGGUGAGCUACCCCUGGUAUGGGAACACCACAGAGACUGUGACCCUGGUCGGCCCCACCAACAAGAUCUCCAGGUUCUCCGUCAGCAUGAAUGAUAACUUUUACCCCAGCGUGACAUGGGCCGUGCCAGUGAGCGACAGCAACGUGCCACUUCUUACAAGAAUCAAGAGGGACCAAAGUUUUACCACCUGGCUGGUGGCCAUGAAUGCCACCACAAAGGAGAAGAUCAUUCUGCAGACCAUCAAGUGGAGGAUGAGAGUGGACAUCGAAGUGGACCCUCUUCAGCUGUUGGGUCAGCGAGCCCGGCUAGUGGGCAGGACUCAGCAGGAGCAGCCCCGGAUUCUGAGCCGGAUGGAACCCAUCCCCCCUAACGCACUAGUGAAGCCCAAUGCCAACGAUGCCCAGGUCCUCAUGUGGAGGCCCAAGCGGGGGCCGCCCCUGGUUGUGAUACCUCCUAAAUAGAAGCAGACUGCCCAACUGUGUGUGGAACACAUGCCACUGAGGCACGCAGUGGGGUUGCCAGGGAGGGGGCAGGAGCCAAACUGAGUUUCUGAGCCAAAGCAGACCUCUUGGUUUGCCAGCCUCUGCAGCUACUUGUGAAGAGUACAGCUGCCCCUUGGGUGGGAGAAUCAUAACCCUUAGGAAAAGCCCCUUCCUCUUAGGAAUAAAGAAAUCACUGAUUUGACAGACUUGCUGUGAUUACCAUGCAAGUAGCCAUAUUUUGCAGCUGACCGGGAUGAUUCUUUUAUUUGAACUAUUGACCAUUUCUUUCCUGUGAGAUGCAGGGGAUGUAAAUGAGACUAAACAGUGCCUGUGGCGGAUGCUGCUUCCCAACCAAUUAGAAGCGCGAGUGGAAACAUCCACACCAGGUGUCUCCUAGGAGGACAAAGGAAGCCCAGCAAGCAGAACCACACGGCAAAACGCUGAGGAGGAAAAUAUGAGCAAUGGCUGGUGGCUCUAGGAGCUGACACACUGGACAGCUGAUUUCCUAUUUAAAAAGAGUGCCAUCUUGCCUGUCUCCAUGCCACCCUCCCAUCCUGUGACCAGUACCUUCUAGCCUCACUGCGCGCGUCCAGCCAGGCCAACUGGUUGGCUCACAGAGGAGCUUUGUUGAAGUGGAUGUUGUGCCUACAGCACCUUCUGUGUGUGGAAAGAUUGAGUUCACCCACACCUCCAGCUCAUCCCCUCCCUCCACAUGAAGCCUCCCAAGGACUAGGCUGGUCAUCCUGGACUGAAGAGACCCUUCAUGGCCCAGCCCUGGCUCCCAAGCCUGCCUCACCCCACACUUUCGGGUGGGAAAUGGAGAAUAUAUAUCUCCCCUUGUCCUCUCUCUUCUCUAUGUGGAUAGCCAAUGUCAGUCAUCCCCCAAGGUUUCUCUAAGGUCUUUGGAAGACAACAGUUUGCCCUACCGUGGGCAGGCUUGGUGCCUUCAGAUGACCAAGAGCAGCAUUUAUAUCACCAAAAUCAGUGGAGUAAGAGCAGAACUUCCCCCACCAGGGCAAAAUGUAUAUGUUGUUUUGUUGAUUGUUUUAUUUAUUGGCAUACCCACCGAUUUAUUAUUUAUUAUUUAUUUAUUCAUUUAUUUAUUUAUGGAAUCUGUAUUUAUUAUACAUCAGAAAAUCUACUUCCAUCUUUCAAAUGUCAGCCCCAAAUUUGUCUUGUUGGCCCCCACAGAGCACAGUAAAUGAUUCCUCUUUGAAGCCACACAAAAAAAAGGAAAUUCUUCUCCCUAGUCCCAAAUACUCCCACCCCCACCAGAUUUUCAACCAGAAAUGGGAUCAGAAAAUACCAGCCACACAGAUCAGCACAGGCCCAGUAUCCAGGCAGAAACCUGGAGUCUUCCAACCCCUGCUUUUGCACUAUUUUCUCUUCCACACCUUGACAAACUCGUGCAAGACCAACCAGCUGACUCCAGCCUGACUGUUAAGACUGGACUUCUCAUUCUGCUCUGGGGCAGAAUGCUUGGCACCAGAUGCACAUUAGAAUCAAUGUCAGGAGCUUGAAACCACAUGCCCGGUUUCCAUCUCAGUGUAUCCAUGGCAGAAUCUCCAAGGGGUUGGCAGCAGAGGUCUUUUUAGUAACCCAGAUGUUUCUAACUUGUAAAUGCAGUUGAUAAAAAGGAAAAAAAAAACAUUCUACAUCCCCAUCCACCUCCAAGAUCCCUUCCUUCUUUGGUUCAUAAGCUUCUCUGGAAUCCGCAUUCCUCCAAUCCCUUUUCCUCACUAAACCUUCCUCCAUUGGCACCAUCAACCUGAGCAGACCCAAAGAGGUGAUUGGUCCUAAGAGUGACUCCUGAAGCUGAUGCCUGCACUUGCCUCUCUAGAAGCAAAAGCUUGUCCCUGCCCACGUUCACCUUCCAUCUGCACAUCCCCACCACACAUGCCUCCCUCCAAGAGUUUGGAGGUUACAUAGCUAUUCCCAUCUCAGCAUCCUAAUUUUAAGGCAAAGCUCAUUUCAGUCUAUAAUCCAGGGGUUGGCUGUUUCUACAGUGCAGCAUAAAUUACCUGAGGGCCCACUGGUAACAGGAAAGGGUCAUCCAUAACAGGAAAGGACUGUCCCCCCAAACAGUCAUUUACCCAAUGACCUGACAGCAACCCCCACUCUGGCAUCCAGAUCAUAGAUGACUAGAGGAGACUUCUCACCCCUCAUGUUGACAAACAAGUUCUCAAACAAUGAAUAUAAGUGAAAGUGUGUGUGUGUGUGUGUGUGUGUGUGUGUGUGUGUGUGUGUACUGCCUUCAUCUAAACAUGCAUCUAUGGAGAUGCUGAACUUCAACUUUACAGUAUAGACCUUUACCUGAAAACAAUCAAGAACUUGUGCUGUCUUGCACUCAAUGGAUUCACUAUGCUCCUUUUCUCAAGGACCCAAGUGAACUCCAGAGUAGAAUGAUGUAAUGUCUAGGAACUGUUGGAUGUGUUAGAGAGUGUAUGUGUUGUAUGCACAAUACAGUGCCCCAGCAUAGAGAGAGUUCAUCUUCCUACCCACCCCCUCCAGCAUCUAAGCAGGUUCCCAGAGCAAGUAGACUUCUCCUGCAUUCAUAGCACCAUGCCUUCUUGCCCCAUUUAAUCAGACUGUCCUGCACCAAUUCUCAUCUCUCAGGGUCCUGCUCUCUGAUAGACAACAGUUCAGUCAGUGGGUGCUAAAGAGUUGAGUGUUACACUUCUUAGAUGACAUUUACCUUUUAAUUGGGGCUAUAGACAAUGCCUUAAUCUGAAGGAAUAGCUUGAAUGCUGGGAAUUUCAGGUACAGAAGUGGGUCAGUAAGAGAGAUUUUUUUUUUCCUCAGGAGGGCAUUUUAGAGCCCUCCCCUGUACGUAUCUCUAAAGUCAGCUCAUAGGUACAUGAGCAUGAGCAAGCACACUUAUCUACAUCCACAUCCCAUAACUUUGAAAUACCUCCCUUGCAUUGGCCCCAUCUUUAAAAUAAAAAAAAAUUAAAACAGAACCAGCUAAAUUAAUUUAAACCUCAUUGGGAAAUGCAGCCUAUUUUUUAACCGGCCACCAGCCAUCUGGUCUACCCCACCCUGUUCCAUUUCCUUUCUGCUCCUUCUCAUUUCGGCUACUGGCCUAUCAGUUAAUUUAUGUGUACAUGUCCUCUUUGCUCUCUCCUUGUUUCCCCCCAAAUGUAUUUUUCUCCCUUAAAAUCGUGUUGUUUUGGUGUUAUCAAGGACAGAAGUGGAGGCUAAGAGCAUGAGCAUGUAUGUGUGUCACCGAAGACAGAGAAGCCAGGUAUUCUGCUACAGUUUGAAGAAUAAUGCCACAAAGGAAGAGAUGAAAGCUGGCUCUGCAGAGUGCCUUAAAAAAAUGACUUUAAUUAGGAAAUUCUGAGUUGUCAGUCUUUGGAUGUUACAUAAACUCAAAUGGAUGUUGCAUUUCACUUCUCUGGGAUUUAAAAAAGUUAAAUACAGUAUGUAUUCAACAAA